UCCCAGUUGUCUCCCAUGAAAACUUCCUGUUAAACACGCAACAUGCUGGCGAGAAUUGCAAUUGAGUGAUCGAAUGUUUUUAAGAUGUCGAGCCUUUUGUUGGUCGGACAAUACCAGCUAUAUCACUUACAUUGAUAACAUUUCAAAGAACUACCCGAAUACCGUAUGUCACAUAUUGAAGAAUUCUCAAGAAACUGUUAACAAGAAUAUAGCGUGCGCGAAAACUGGAUCUCUUACUCGUCAGAAAUGAUAGUUGCGAAUGUGGCAUGAACACUGACAUUUGAGGGCCGACAUAUUACAAGUUCGUCACUGAACAGGUGCCUUAAGUGUCGUACUUUUGACCAAUCACUGCAUAUUUUGGACAUAAUCCCAGGUCAAAUCCAAAAUAUACAAUAUGCCUGCCCUGUGCGAAAAGACGGUUGAUGAUAUCGAGGACAUAGUCUCUCAGCAUGAUUUGGGUUCUUAUGACAGAGACAUAUCUCGCUCGGAAGUGCUGCCACGGGCUCGCAAGUCAAAAGUUACGAAGCGACAUAUGUCAAUAGAAGAGAAUGUUGAAGCUGAUAGUUAUAUUCCAGGAACCCACAAGGUGUAUGUAAAGACCUGGGGCUGCUCUCACAAUAACUCUGACAGUGAAUAUAUGGCUGGACAGCUAGCAGCAUACGGUUACAAAAUCACAGAGGAGAAAGAGAAAGCCGACCUGUGGCUGCUGAACAGCUGUACUGUGAAAAGUCCAGCGGAAGAUCACUUCCGGAAUGAGAUCACUCGGGCUCGCGAGCUGGGCAAACAACUGGUGCUGGCGGGGUGUGUUCCUCAAGGUCAACCCAAGGCCGAUUACAUCCAGGGGCUGAGUGUCUUGGGAGUGCAGCAGAUAGACCGGGUCGUGGAGGUCGUUGAGGAAACCCUGAAAGGUAAUUCAGUUCGACUACUUGGUCAGAAGAAACAAGAAGGCAAGAAAACAGGUGGCGCCUCACUCAGCCUACCCAAGAUUCGCAGGAACCCGCUCAUCGAGAUCAUCGCCAUCAACACAGGAUGCCUGAAUCAGUGCACGUACUGCAAGACGAAGCACGCCCGGGGGGACCUGGGCAGCUACGAACCUGCCGCCAUUGUAGCCCGGGCGAUACAGUCAUUUGAGGAGGGUGUUGUCGAGAUAUGGCUGACAUCGGAAGACCUUGGCGCCUACGGUCAUGACAUUGGCGUCACAUUGCCCGAGUUGCUAUGGCAACUUGUUGAGGUUAUCCCAGAGGGUGCCAUGAUGAGACUGGGGAUGACCAACCCUCCAUACAUCCUGGAACAUCUUGAGGAGAUGGGGAAGAUCCUGCAGCACCCCCGAGUCUACUCCUUCCUUCACGUGCCCGUCCAGUCUGCCUCCGACAGCGUUCUCAUGGACAUGAAGCGGGAGUACUGUCUGGACGACUUCAAGCAUGUCGUGGAUUUCCUCAGAAGCAGAGUACCAAAUGUUACCAUAGCAACAGAUAUUAUUUGUGGAUUUCCUACAGAAACAGAAGAGGACUUCGUGGAGACGAUGGAGCUGGUGAGGGAGUACAAGUUCCCCAGUCUCUUCAUCAACCAGUUCUUCCCCCGACCAGGCACCCCGGCUGCUAAGAUGAACCGCAUACAUCCCCAGGAGGUAAAGAAGAGGACGAAAAGAGUCUCUGAACUGUUUCAGUCUUACAGCCCGUACGAACACAAGCUGGGAGAGAAGCAGACGGUGUUGGUGACAGAGACCUCCCACGACAAUCAGUUCUACGUCGCACACAACAAGAGUUACGACCAGGUGCUAGUUCGUAAGGAUGACAACCUGAUGGGCAAGAUGGUGGAUGUGGAGAUCGUGGAGACGGGUAAACACUUCCUCAAGGGGAGACAACUGAAAGGCAAGGAUGCUGUUCGCCCAGCAGUUCCUCCACCAAAGAAGAAGGGCGAGGUCUCGGGUGUUGAGCUGGCAGAGCAGCAGGCUUCCCAUUCUGUUUUGAUGUGGGUGGCUGUGGGUGCUAUUGCCCUGGGUAUGGCCUGGAGGCUGUGCAACAUCCUGCUGACAUGGGCCCAGUGACCUGACCGGGAUGGGAGGCUCAGAGACCUGCUGACUGGGAUGGGAGGCUCAGUGACCUGCUGACAGGAACAGGAGGCUCAGUGACCUGCUGACUGGGAUGGGAGGCUCAGUGACCUGACUGGGAUGGGAGGCUCAGAGACCUGCUGACUGGGAUGGGAGGCUCAGUGACCUGACUGGGAUGGGAGGCUCAGAGACCUGCUGACUGGGAUGGGAGGUUCAGUGACCUGCUGACAGGAACGGGAGGCUCAGUGACCUGCUGACUGGGAUGGGAGGCUCAGUGACCUGACUGGGAUGGGAGGCUCAGAGACCUGCUGACUGGGAUGGGAGGUUCAGUGACCUGCUGACUGGGAUGGGAGGCUCAGUGACCUGCUAACCGGAACGGGAGGCUCAGUGACCUGCUGACUGGAACGGGAGGCUCAGUGACCUGCUGACCGGAACGGGAGGCUCAGUGACCUGCUGACUGGAACGGGAGGCUCAGUGACCUGCUGACAGGAACGGGAGGCUCAGAGACCUGCUGACCGGAACGGGAGGCUCAGUGACCUGCUGAGUGGGAUGGGAGGCUCAGUGACCUGCUGACUGGAACGGGAGGCUCAGUGACCUGCUGACCGGAACGGAACGGGAGGCUCAGUGACCUGCUGACCGGAACGGGAGGCUCAGUGACCUGCUGACCAGAACGGGAGGCUCAGUGACCUGCUGAGUGGGAUGGGAGGCUCAGUGACCUGCUGAGUGGGAUGGGAGGCUCAGUGACCUGCUGACCGGAACGGGAGGUUCAGUGACCUGCUGACCGGAUCGGGAGGCUCAGUGACCUGCUGACCGGAUCGGGAGGCUCAGUGACCUGCUGAGUGGGAUGGGAGGCUCAGUGACCUGCUGACCAGAACGGGAGGCUCAGUGACCUGCUGAGUGGGAUGGGAGGCUCAGUGACCUGCUGACCGGAACGGGAGGUUCAGUGACCUGCUGACCGGAUCGGGAGGCUCAGUGACCUGCUGACCGGAUCGGGAGGCUCAGUGACCUGCUGACCGAGAUGGGCAGUUCAGGGACAAUGCUUGUAUCUCCUAAGGCUGUGUGAGAAGUGUUUAAGCUGGUCUGUGAUAUAGACACUCCUCACUCACACUGUAACAUUUUGUUUUAUCGUCAUGUGAGAAUGCUGUAAGUGUGAUUCAUGGACAGUUGGUGGAAGACUGCCACUAUUGUGUUUAUGCAACACAAAGAAUAAACUGAGUAAAAUGAA